CCUCUCUCACUUAUCCAUCCAUCUCUUGAAUGCUUGGAGUUCAAGCUGGAAAUAUGUCGGUGGUGGAAGUCUUGGUAAAAAACAUGGAUUGCUGCGGCUGCACCGCCAAGAUAGAGAAAGCUCUCUUUAGACUCAAAGGUGUUGAGGCAGUGGAAGUUGACAUGGAGAUGCACAAAGUAACAGUUCGAGGGUACUCCAUUGAAGAGAAAAAAAUUGUAAAGGCCAUUAACAAAACAGGAAAGGUGGCUGAGCCAUGGCCUUUUCCACAAUAUUCAUCCCAUGUUUCGUCUUUCUACAAAUUCCCAAGUCAUGUUGCUGAGCAGUACUACGAUAUUUCACAAGGCACGGCCGCGGCCCACACAUUUUUCCAUACCCCUGCGGCUUACUCUGUUGCCCUGGCUUCUGAUGAGGCUGCGGCCUCACUUUUCAGCGAUGAGAAUCCGCACGCGUGCACCAUCAUGUAAAAUAAAUAUAAAUAUAUUCUAAAGUGAUAUUAGUGGCUCACAUUUUCUCAAAUAUGAUUAUCUUGGAGGCCACUCAUUUUCAUAAAAUUUGUGGUUUGCUUUUUUUUUUAUAUAUAUAAUUUUCCUUUUGGUUUUUGUGUGAUGAACACUGAAUUUAUAUCUUUAAUUUGAUUGUUUGGUGUCCUUAUGCUA